AUGCCUUCUUCCAAAGAUGUCGAUACUUCACACGACUCAAGGUCGAGCUUCAUCCCGGCAGAGAGCUAUUGCGCUCCGAGUAUCGAGCCCGUGACCUCAAAGCUACCCAGCAUUCAGAAUCCACCAGAAUACGAAGUCUACUGGCAAGAUGAUGACCCAGAAAAUCCCCGUUUGUGGCCACUAUGGUAUAAGGCUAUCGUUGUCGCAGCCAUGAGUCUUGGCGCCACGGUAGUCAGUCUUUCCAGCACUUUAUAUACAUCUGGUAUCCCUGGGCUUGAGCAAACUUUCGGCAUUUCUAAACUGAGAGCCCUGCUUGGCGUCACCACCUACCUGCUCGGCAUGGGGGCAGGAAGUGUCCUAUUUGCUCCGUUGAGCGAGCUUGUUGGUCGGCGGCCAGUCUAUCUUCUCUCGAUGACGGUUUUCCUGUUGCUACUGUUGCCUAGCGCCCUGGCGCAGAACAUUGAGACAAUCCUUGUGAGCAGAUUCUUUGGCGGGCUUUUUGGAAGUGCCCUGAUGUCAAAUUCACCCGCUUCGGUAAACGACAUUGUAUCUGAUGCGCAUCGGCCGUUAGCGUUAGGCUUUUGGUCCAUUGGUCCUACGAACGGCCCCGUCUAUGGUCCGAUAAUUGGCGGAUUCGUCUACGAGUACCUAGGAUGGAGAUGGACGAACUGGAUUGUCCUAAUAAUUGGAGGGGCUGUUUUGGUUCUAAUGGUCUUCAUCAAGGAAACAUACGCCCCAGUUAUCCUAAGGAGGCGUGCAAAGAGACGGAGAACUGAAACGCAGAAUCACAAGUUGUGGACGCGUUAUGAUGACACACAGGAAUUGAUGCCAUUACUAAAAGCUAACCUCGGUCGCCCAUUCUCAAUGCUUCUAACAGAACCGAUUUGCAUUUUCUGGGAUGCAUACGUGGCGCUUGUCUAUGGCGUGCUAUACCUAUGUUUUGUCGCUUAUCCUAUUGCCUUUCAACAAGAGCGCGGAUGGUCUCCCGGGAUUGGUGGUCUCUCGUUUAUCGGCAUCGGAGUAGGCGUUCUACUAGCCAUUGCAUGUGAGCCUAUAUUCCGCAGGGUGAUCAACUGCCACCAGAAAUCAGAGGACGGCACAGUACAGCCAGAGGCUAUGGUGAGCAUCGUUGGCCUUGGUGCUACUCUCCUGGCCAUCGGGCAGCUUUGGUUUGCGUGGACCUGUACUCCAAAUGUGCACUGGAUCGUUCCUAUCCUGUCUGGUGUUCCCUUCGGAGCUGGCAACGCGUGUGUCUUCAUUUAUGCUUCCAAUUACAUGGCACGCUCUUAUGGUAUCUAUGCUGCGUCUGCACUUGCGGGAAAUAUGCUUUGCAGGAGUGUUAUGGGUGCCGUUCUUCCACUUGCGGGCCCGUCCAUGUAUGCGACUCUCGGUUUGAAUUGGGGGAGUACACUCCUGGGUAUUGUGGAAGUUUUAUGUAUCUCCAUUCCCGUUGUUUUCUAUUUUUGGGGAAAUAGGAUUCGUGAAAAGAGCCCGCUUCUUAGAAAGAUGCAAGGUUCCACAUUUCCCUAA